AUCACGGUGGCCCUAUUUACUCCAACUCCGCGAGCAAUUGAUUGCCUUGAUCCGUACCGUUUACUAUACCAGAGCAGCCUCAAGUCUGGCUCUUGAUAUCUAUGGCAACGGCCACCGUCAUCUCUACCAGCCCAGUCCUCAACCUACCCCUUCACUGCUGCACACAAGGCUACAUUAGGCCCUAUGGGAAGAUGCAAGUCAGACCCAAGAUCACGGUGACCAGCGACGGCCACCUGUCGCCCGAGCCGAGAAGAAAGGGCAAAUCUCCAUCACCCAGCCCAACAGAACGCCUCGACCCAGGGACCAAGAAACGGGCCUUGCGACGAGAGAACUGGGAGAUACACCGCGCGACUAUAAAACGUCUUUACAUCGACGAGGGUAGAAAGUUGAACGAUAUUGUCGAAAUCAUGCGGCAGGACUACGACUUUACAGCCAAUGCUCGCAUGUACAAGCACCGCUUGAGUCAAUGGGGUCUCAUCAAAUAUAAUAGAGAAGCGGACGUCCAGCGGAUACUACAGCUCAAGAACCAGCGGGACGCAGAGGGAAAGGACAGCCACAUAGAGAUCAACGGCCGCGUUGUCGACUUCGACCGGGUCCAGCGAUACCUACAGCGGCGAAAGAUCUCGGUUGACGAGUUUGCAGAAGAGAGUUUUGCAAGAAGCCGCAGGGGCAGCAAAGGCAGCAAAAGCCCGGCCGAGGACGAGGACGACGAAGGCCAGGAGCUGGACGUGAGCAGCGCCUCCAUCACCAUCCGCACGCCAAUAUCAUCGCCGAUAUCGUCAGCGCUCCCGCUAUCGCCGUCUGCCCGCUCGCCGGUCAGCCCCGGGGUCGCGGAGGAGGUGAUCUGGGACGCGAGCGCGUGCGCGAGCGAGGUCAUCAAGGACCCGAGCGUCGCCGAGCUCCCGCCGAGCCCGCUCGGCUUCGCCCUCAUCGACUCGGUCGUCAUGAUCGCCGAGCUGAUGGAGCAGCACAGCCCCGGGCCGGCUGGCGAGUACAUGCAGCUGGCGUCCAAGCAGGCCGAGGACGUGAUACGGUCGCACCCGCACGAGGCCAUCGUGUGCCUGUACGAGGCAACGCUCGUCCUGGCCCGCCCGGCGCCCGAGGUUGCGGCCCUGAUCCUGCGGCACGCCGCCGAGGUGAGCGCCAUCUUCAUGCCCGAGGCCCACCCGAUGCCGCACCUUCUGCGCAAGCUGGCCGAGGUCGCCGACGAGGCCGUCGCCGGCGCCGCCAAGGACGUGCACAUGCUGGUAGAGACCACACGGCGGGCCUUCCACCGCCAUAUCACCACGUGGGAGCGCGCCCUGGGGCACGCGCCGGGGGGCAGCUUGACCUGGUGGUGCUGGGUGCGCUAUCUGCGCUCGGUAGGACCCGACGACGCCGCGGCGGAUCUGUGGGUGAACAGAUCCGAGGAGAUCAUGCGCACCGCCGUGGAUCCCCGAGACCGGGGGAGGCCGAUGGAAGACGGUUCGUUCUCGGGACUAGAAGCUGGGAUUCCCAUGGAGAAACUUGUCCUCCUGGGCCGGUACGAGAUUUGCACUGCUCUUUCACCGACAGUCUACAGCCGGUUGGAGCGUUAUAUCGUGGCACACAUCCGCCGCUGCUGUGAUCUGCAAGCCCUGUCAACCCAAGCCCUGCACGAGUUCUUCAUGGCUAGUAUCGCGAGACAGGCGGGACGGCUGGUCGAGGCGGAUGAAUACAGCCGGGCAUCUGUGUCCUCAUACAUGGCGGCCGGAAAUAUCGACUAUGCGAUGAGAAUCAUGGCCUGGAUGUCGAGAUGGGCAGGACAGGAUUUCGACUCUGACACCUGUAGGUACCAGCUAUUGGAUAAUAUCUUUCGCGGCGGCCAUAGCUGAGUGAUUUUGUGUUUUAACCAGGAAAAAUGGGCAGGCGUUGGGGAUUAGAGGGCUGUAGGGGUAGGCGGUACCGAUACUUUACGUAUAACUGCCGCUUGAUAUAAUUCGACUGCUUUGAUGUGUAGGCACGAAAUCUGUCUGUUUAGAAACUCUAGACUGAACGUCCACUACCCAUCUUGUCUCACAAAUCGCCUUGCUCCCUUUUUCUUUUAUCUGUUCAUGUAAGGAC